AGCAGGGGCGGGCAGGGGGAGGAGCGCGUCGGGCCGGGCCGGGCGGCGCCGGGGGGACUAGGGGGAGCUGCUGCACCUGAUCCAGCGGGGCGUGAGCGGCGCUGCCCGCCGCCUGCCACCGCCUCUCGUCGCCGUUAGUCAGCGCUGGUCUCGCUGCUUCUCCCUCCUCCCGCCCCUCUGCGUGGACCUGGGUUCUCGCUCCUGUUUCCCUCGGGGCCGGCGGCAGCGCGUCCUUCUCCUCCUUCUCCCCUCGGGCCCCAUGGCUUCGGCCGGCAGCGGCAUGGAGGAGGUGCGAGUCUCGGUGCUGACCCCGCUGAAGCUGGUGGGGCUGGUGUGCAUCUUCCUGGCGCUGUGCCUGGACCUGGGAGCCGUGCUGAGCCCCGCCUGGGUGACGGCGGACCACCAGUACUACCUGUCCCUCUGGGAGUCCUGCCGCAAGCCUGGCAACUUGGACAGCUGGCUCUGCGAGUCGACGCUGCACAGCGACUGGCAGAUAGCUACUCUUGCUUUGCUGUUGGGUGGUGCUGCCAUCAUUCUCAUCGCUUUCCUGGUUGGGUUGAUCUCUAUCUGCGUGGGAUCUCGGAGGCGGUUCUACAGACCAGUUGCGGUCAUGCUCUUUGCUGCAGUUGUCCUUCAGGUGUGCAGCUUAGUCCUUUAUCCAAUCAAGUUCAUUGAAACGGUCAGCUUGAAAAUCUACCAUGAGUUCAACUGGGGCUAUGGCCUGGCUUGGGGUGCAACUAUAUUUUCAUUUGGGGGUGCCAUUCUUUAUUGCCUGAACCCCAAGAACUAUGAAGACUAUUACUAGAAUCAUUUAAUGAAAAGAAAAAUAACAAAAGGAUUACCCCAUCUUUUCUAACUCACAGUUUUUUUAGAACACUUGUGGAGCGCCACACAGUCUGCUCUCUCUUGAGAAAACAGCCUUUGCCUUUUGGGUGUGAACAAUCUUACCACCUUUUACAACCAUUUAAAAGAACUGCAAACAUUAGGAUUGCUGAUAUUUCAUAGGCAGAUGCUGCAAGCUGCUGAUACAUAAGCUUCAUUUUUCCUAACAACAAGCAAAAGGAUCUACAUGACAGCGAUCAUUGUGAGAAAACUAGUUGGAAUGAGAAUGCAAUGCCAGCAUCUGCUGUUGCCUUCAGGGGAGCAGCUGGUAUAGGCUCCAUUUAGAAGUCUCCCUGUAUCACAGAAGAUUCACAUGUCUGUUAAGCAGGCAAUGGCAUCUUGUACAAUAGGCUGUGUUGGCCCCUUGUUACUUGCUCAAAAAAGCUCUUAAGGAAUUAGUUGCAAGUGACUGUUGAGGGCACUGAAUGUAACUGGUUAAUGACUUGUCUGAUACCUGCAUUCAACAGUCUUCUGCAAGAAUAACAAUAAUAAUAAUAAUAAUAAUAAUAAUAAUAAUAAAAAAAACCAACACAAAAAAACCCCAAAAAACCCAAACAAAAAAACCCAAGCAAACACAAAAUACAACAAAAACAAGCCACCAACCACACUGGAUUUAAUGAAUUGGUAAUCAACAUCACUGUGCCAGCUGUAGCAGAUUGUUGAAGGAAGUCCAAACCUGGAGACAUGUGUUUCUGCCUGUGUAGUUGGAAGUUGUUUCAGCUCUGAGUAUUUUGCUGGGAGGGUGGAGAUAAAGGGGAGGAGAAAAAGACCUCAUCUGUCCCUGAGGCAUCUAAAAUGCAUUAAUGAAUUGCAGUUGUCGUAACCCCUUUUAAAUUCAUGAAAAUAAUGCAUAUGGAACAAGUUCAGUUAUAUUUUUGAAAGUUAUUUGUUAGUAUAAAUGCAUAUAUAUAAAAACAAAUAUAAAUGCAGAGGGAGAGAGACUGUCUCAAAACUGUAACGAGCUGUGAUGCAGUGGUUAAAAUACUAACUUUGUACACAUUCUUGAGAGUCUUGGAUUGGUACCCCCAAUUUUGGCUGCUAUUACAAAAUAAACAUAACAUGGUUUGUCUUCUGUAUAUGGCCUUGUACAAACUUACUUGUGUUAUGGGAAAUGCUUAAAAGUCCACAUGGAGUUAAGGUAGAACUAGGCAAAAUGACUACUUGGUAUUCCAUGUGUAAUCUAGGACUUACUGAAAAUAAUUUUCUGUGGCUGUUGCAAAGAAAAAACUGCCAUUUUAAAAAAUCUAUUUAGGCUGUGAGUGUCUCUGAUCGUCAAGAAUACAGCUGAGACCCCAUCAUGUCCAUAUUAAAACAUUAGCACUGCAGAAGGUAAUCUCAUUUUCAAAAGCUGAGUUUAUAAUGGACUGGCUGGUGAUUAUGUACAUCUAAUUACCCCUUGCUUAGUAUGUUUCCCACUUAAAACAUGCGGAGACUGUACAUGUGAAUUGAAACCCAAGAUAAAAUAGGGACAACUUUUACAUGAAUUUAAUCUGCAUCACUUUUAUUUUUAUUUACGAUUUGCUUAUUUGAAUAUUUUCAAUUAAUUAUGAACAUAUUUUUAUACAACUCUAAUCUUUAAAAAUAACUAUUUUUUUUAAUGGAGAAAUUUAAAAUAUAUUCUAUGUGGGCCUCUGCAAAAGCAGGUGUGCUGAGGUUGCACGUCCACCUCUAUACAAAUGGUUUUGCUGGUUCCACAGGAGAGACUGCUGAAUUACUUGAUGUUAAGACAGCAUCUACAGUGUUAAUGCUUGUGCCACCUCUGACAGAGCAUGAGGUUCCGUAGUGACUACAGGGCUACUUCUAGGAGGUUCUUGCAAAAGUAUUGCUGAUGUACAGAGGUGGUUUAUAAAACUCUGUGGCUCUCUGGAGUAAAAUCUUUACUACCAUGGCAGAAUAUUCUGUAUCAGCAGUCUUUCUUGAACGAGUAGUGACUGAUUAGAUUAGACGGAGAAAAAUGAUAGCUUGACUGGGAAGGGAAUGUAUGGCAAUGCCCGGAGAACAAAAAGGAUGGGAGGAAAAAUUAUGUCCACUUGUUUCACAGGUGCCAGAGAGCAUUUGUAACUCUGUUUUUUUCCUGAGACUGACUUGAGGCAGAUACUCAGUGUAUGAUUAACCCUGUAUCUUUCUGAACAGCUGCGUAGUUCUGCUCUUAUUUAACAGCAUGGAGAACAUUGUAGUUUGGCAUGGGAGUAAGAUUAACACUGAGAUUUCUGCACCUUUCUAGGAGAAUGGUGGUUUGGUGCUGACAUUACGCAGCACUUUGCAAAUGCUGACAAGACGGAGCAGUGCUGAGCCCAUAUCAUAUCCACUGAUUUCUAGAGUAGUAUUUCUUUGUGUACAGUUGGAGCAAAAACAUGUCAGGCCUAAGGCAUAUGCAAAUUAAUGGCAUGAGCUCUGAAAGUCACCUGGCUUGUAAUACGAAAGAUGUUCAGGCAAAAAAUCUACAAAGAUGAAUUCCUAAAGACAAGGUUCUUCAUCCAUAUUUGAGUCAAAGAUCUGAUUUUCAGUCUGAACACCUGUUUUUCCUCUUGAAGACAAUGCAAUCUAUUAGGACACACCUCUCAAAGUCCUCAGGUCCUUUGCAUUUGGGUACCUACUGAGUGGGUUUGAGUACCUACUUGUAACUUAUGUUGAUAUUGCCUUUUUUUUUUUUUUUUUUCCCUUUACCAAUGCCAGUUUUGGCAAGUAUUCCAUUUCUCAGCACUGAACUAAAAAAAAGUAAAUACAACACUGUGCUGAUUUUUUUUUCUAGCCACAAAAAGUAUAUGUUUGUGUCUUGAGUAUAUGUAUGACAAUUUAAUCAUUUUGUAUGUUGUGCUUGUGUCAUGCCACCAUUAUUUCAGUUGUUAGGCUUUACCUCACUGGCGGAAUGAUUCUUUCACACAACAAAUCCAUUUUUUUUCUUCCAAAUAUAUAUGAAUACAUAUAUAGAGAGCAAACUUGCAAGCAGGGCUAGUUAUUGGUAUUUUUUAAGCUUAAAGUAUACCGUCUGGUGCUGACAAGUACCUAGCACCUCUUCUGGAUUUCUUGCACAACUUCAUUUAGCUUUUGUAAAUUUUAAAAACAAAUAUAGAGAGACCUAUGUGUUUGAAAUAUAAAUGAUAUAUAUGGAUUAGCAUGUAAAUGUAUAUUAUUAAACAUGCAAUGAUUUGAAUGGUAAGUGAAGUCUAAUCUUAUGGCUAGCAAUGUAAUUUAUUCAGACUGUAUUUUUGUACAGAGCAGUGCACACUAACCUGUUGCCUCUGUGUCCUCUAUAAAGCCUAAAACUGUGCCUAGAAAUUUCAUUUCUGUCUUUAAAGGAAAAAAAAAUACAACUAAAUGCUUCAUGUUGUUGAUGGUUUUCCUGAUGUUGUUCUUUAUUUAUUUUUGAGAAGUGUAUGGUAUGUUUAUUAAAUGAAUUCAUCAAAAAUGGUUCAUUUUAAAUGGUCAUUGUUAGCAGGGGAAGACACAUUUUUUUUAAAUCAAGACUUUUAAGUUUGCAGUUUUAAUACCAUUUCUGCGUUUCACAAUUUUUGUAGCUUACAUAAAGUUAUAUGUGAAAAAGUUAACUGAAAUAAAUAAAAAAAAUUGUUACACUA